CGCCCAACACAAACCACAUGGUCUCCUUUGCUUCGAUUCAACAAAAGCGUUUCCCUCCAUUCCCCCCGCUCCGAUAUCUCUGCCUGCUCUCUAUGAAGAAGAGCAUGCUUUUCCCUAGCAUUCUCCCGCUAUAAGCCGAAACCUCCGCGAAAUAGCAACCGCAGCAAAGACAAAACUUGUGCCACGUAUACGGAGUACGGAGUCUCGGAAACAAAAACUCCCCCCAAAAGCUUCGACGUCUCGCAUGCUCAACAACAGGCUCUUAUAACAAACAAGCACCAAAGCGCAUCUUCUCAAUCUUUCGCAGCAGACCCCAUAGGUCGCAUAAAUCGCCCACAAUGGCUCUCAUAUCCUCCACCACAAUCAUCACCUCCAUCUCCCUCUUCCACCUCACCCUGGCUUAUUUCUUCCUCUUCCGGCCCAAGACGAUAGAGGACCAGGCACUCGUCUUUGUUCUGGGAGAAAGCAUGGACAUUCCCGCCGUUCGUGGCUUCGAUGUCCCCAGCCCAGCGCUGGCUCUCCUGGCCGUCAUCCUCGCCUUCUCCGGAAUCAGCGACCUCGUCUCAUUAUCCAUGCCGGAGGAAUUCAGCUCUCUAUACUACUGGGGCACUCAAGCUCCCCUCCGCUUCUUCCUCUCCAUGCUCCUCGUCGCCUACUCCUACGCUUUCGGUCCCUCGUCACCGCUCUUCUCCUCCUCUUCUUCAUCCUCAUCAACGAGACGCCCAACCCACUCCUACAAAGCCUCUGGGUCAGGCGCCGACCACCUGCACAACAGACUCCUCUUCUCGUUCAUGUUUGUCGAAAUGAUGGCCUGGUUCUGGACAUGGAUCACCCUGAGAGAAGAGCGAUCGGCCAUCGUCGAAAAGAUGAGAAAGCAGCACGAGCGAGAAGCACACAGCCAUUAAAUCAGCCAG